AUGUUGAAUUCGAUGUCAGGGCCAGCAAUGGCAGUAUCGUUGCAGCAGCAGCAGCAGCAGCAACAACAACAGCAACAGCAGCAACAACAACAACACAUGAUGCCUGGCUUGCCUCAUAAUAUGAACGGCUCGCAAAUGCCGUUGCAGUUGCAGACGCAAGGACAAACACCAGGGCAGGGCCAAAACCAGGGCCAGACGCAGGGCCAGGGCCAGGGCCAGACCACAGGUCAGGACAAGAACGGCUUGGCCCCAGGACAGGACCAGAGCCAGCUUCCAAUGGAAGUUCGCGCCCAAGACCUGCUCCCCAUGAAACAACCAGCAAAACCACUGGACCCUUUGGCUCAGUCCACAGCAGAAACAUGGCUUUCGAUCGCGUCGCUAGCAGAAACGUUGGGCGACGCCGACCGUGCCGCAAUGGCCUACGAUGCCACUCUACAACACAACCCAUCCUCGACGAAAGCCCUUACAUCGUUGGCCCAUCUGUACAGGUCACGUGAUAUGUUCCAGCGCGCAGCAGAGCUCUACCAGCGCGCGCUCUCGGUGAACCCCGAGAUGGGCGACAUAUGGGCGACGUUGGGUCACUGCUACCUAAUGCUAGACGAACUACAAAGCGCGUACGCUGCUUACCAGCAGGCGCUAUACCACUUGUCGAACCCAAACAUACCGAAGUUGUGGCACGGAAUAGGUAUCCUUUACGACCGGUACGGGUCCCUCGAUUACGCAGAAGAGGCCUUCGCAAAAGUGCUAGAAUUAGACCCCCAAUUCGAAAAGGCAAACGAGAUAUACUUCAGGUUAGGUAUCAUCUACAAGCACCAGGGCAAAUGGAACCAGGCUCUCGAGUGUUUCCGCUACAUCUUGCCCCAGCCACCGGCCCCAUUGCAAGAAUGGGACGUGUGGUUCCAGCUAGGAAGCGUCCUCGAAUCAAUGGGCGAAUGGCAGGGCGCAAGAGACGCUUAUGAACACAUCCUCUCCCAAAAUGAUCGCCACGCAAAAGUGUUACAACAACUAGGGUGCUUGUACGGUAUGAACAACGUUUCCUUCUACGAUCCUCAAAAGGCCCUAAAUCUGCUAUUGAAGUCGUUGGAGAUAGACUCUACUGACGCAACUUCAUGGUACCAUUUAGGUAGAAUCCACAUGAUUAGAAACGAUUACACUUCGGCUUACGAUGCAUUCCAGCAAGCCGUCAACCGUGAUUCGAGAAACCCAACUUUCUGGUGCUCUAUCGGUGUCUUGUACUAUCAAAUUGCACAAUACCGCGACGCUUUGGACGCUUACACAAGAGCUAUCAGAUUGAAUCCAUAUAUCAGCGAAGUCUGGUACGAUCUAGGUACUCUAUACGAAACCUGUAAUAAUCAAGUGAAUGACGCCCUCGAUGCUUACAAACAGGCUGCAAGAUUGGAUCCAAAUAACAUCCAUAUUAGGGAACGUCUAGAUGCAUUAACAGCUCAAAUAAUGAACCAACAGCAUCAAGGUAACGAUCAACAACAAAAAGCAGAUCAACAUCAACAAAAUACUUUACCAUUACCACCCCAAUUACACCAUCAGCAACAGCAACAGCAGCAGCCACAACAACAUCAGUUGUCACACCAACUUGUUCAACAACAACAACAACAACAACAACAACCUGUGAUGUUGCAACCAAGCUUAGCAAAUAACUCUCAGUUAUUCAACCCUCUUAACAAACAAUCCAACAGCCAAGAUCCUGGUAAUGGACAACAAUAUCACCAACAACCACAGUUCCAGUCAACAUCAAUGGCACCUGUCUUGCAGCGGAAUGAACAACCUCAGCUUCUUCAUGUACAACAAGCACAGCAACAGGCUCAGGCACAACAGCUACAGCAAGCACAUCAACUUCAACAGGCUCAACAAUUACAGCAAGCUCAGGCUCAAGCUCAAGCUCAACAGUUACAACAGGCCCAAGCUCAACAAUUACAACAGGCCCAAGCUCAAGCGCAAGCACAAGCACAAGCACAGGCCCAAGCACAAGCACAGGCCCAAGCCCAAGCUCAAGCCCAAGCUCAAGCCCAGGCUCAAGCACAGGCUCAACAAGCUCAGGCUCAAGCUGAAGCUCAAGCUCAGGCUCAACAAGCUCAGGCUCAACAAGCUCAGGCUCAAGCUGAAGCUCAAGCCCAGGCUCAGGCUCAGGCUCAAGCUCAAGCUGAAGCUGAAGCUCAAGCUCAGGCUCAAGCCCAAGCACAAGCGCAAGCUGAAGCGCAGGCCCGUGUUCAAGCGCAAGCUCAAGCGCAAGCCCAAGCAGAGGCUCAACAAGCUCAACAAGCGCAAGCGCAAGCCCAAGCUGAAGCUCUACAAUUGCAACAAGCUCAGGCUCAAGCGCAACAAGCCGAAGCCGAAGCUCAAGCUCAAGCUCAAGCCCAACAGCAGCAACCAAAUCAACAAACCGAAGAAGCUCAGCAGUUGUCAGCCCAACCACAGGUACCAAAUCAACAGUCCUUACCAGCCCAGCCAGUCGCCCAAUCGUCCGGCGAAUCUAAAAUUGAAGAAGGACAAAAACAACAACCUUCUACAACCCAGCAGGUGGCCGUUUCGGAAAACCUCGAAAAAACAAUUCCACAGAAAAGACCAUUGGAAGGCGGCAUGAACACACUUUUCAAUGCAAUUUCACAGCAAGAGGAACAACAAAAAAUACAAAAGGCUGCUGAGGCACAAAACGUUGAGGCAACUUCUUCCUCAACUUCUACCAAUCAGACUACAAAUUCGGUAAGCAGCUUGAUCUCUCCUCCAGAACCUAAGGAACAAGUGAAUGAAACGGCUCCCGCUGACAGCAAAGAUGAUAAUAGUUCUGCGGUGACUCAAACUGAAGAUGCAAAAAUUGGUCUAUCUACCUCGGAGACUCCGGUAACUAACGAAGUCACUCAAGAAGCACAAACUUCUGAAAAGUCCUCGGAAACAGCAUCUGCAAGCGAGACAAAGCAGAUACAAGAUCCAUCUGUGCUAUCACCAGCAGGAACAAAAGAACCAAGUUCAACUGACAUAGAAGAAAAGAAGGUUGAAUCGAAUGAAAAUAGUACAAAUUCCAAUGCUCAAACUUCUGAAAACGAGGAGAAGAAAAAUGAAGCGGAAAUAACAACGAAUAGUAAAGACGAAUUUAAUGUCGAUACGUCGAAGAACAUCGUUGAUAAUAAUACUGUUACUACUAGUACCGAUAGUAUAACUAAAAACGAAUCUGAAAUGGACAGUCAAGAUGAACCAGCCUUGAAGAAACAAAAAGUUGAUACCGAAGAGACCGUGAUUAAGCCAAGUGCAGACGCUAUCGAAAUUAUUAAGGAACAAGAAAAGCUGCGCCAAGAAGAGGAGAAUGAGAAGUUGGAUAAAGAGGAUAAGACUGUUGAGCCUAGUAUUCCUAAAGAAAAGGUUAUAAGGCAAGUCGAAGAAGAUGAAGAUUACGACGAUUGA